AUGAUCACUUCAGCUUCCAACAUUGCUGUUCAACUCUUCGAGCACCAAUGGGACACGAAGAAACCACUCGCAGCCCUCGAUGUCAACAAGUUCGCCUUGAUACCGCAUUUCCGUUUCUUAAUCUCCCUUCUUUCAACCCCUCGGACGAUGCCAAAUGGCGAUCUUCAAGUCCUCCCCGCUGAUUUCGACAUCUUUCAGAAGAUUAAAGCGAGCAAGGAUGUGAUUUCGACUGUUGUAAAGAAGAUUGCCGCGAAGAACAGCGACGACGACGAAGAAAGCGACGUAGAAUCUCGGAUUUUGGUAGAAGCUUUCUGGCAAACCCGGAUACAGAACGGCGGUUUUCGCCCGACCAGCGUCCCGGUACAGAUUUUGUUUCCAGCAGAGACCUCAUAG